AUGAUUCAAAAUUAUAAAACUGUAUGUGACUCAAUUUUCACAAUUAUAAAACGUAAAAUUGAAUAUUUUGGAGAUAUGAGCAAUUUACAUGGCAUUAAUAAUCUGUUCUCCACAUCUCACAUCCCUUAUUUUAAGAGAUUAUUCUGGUUUGUAGUGCUUACGUCAAGCUGUUUUGGCGCUAGUAUCAUUUUGCAAUCUGCGCUCAAACUUUUCUCAACUGGCGUCGCUUCUUAUUCUCUUGAAACAAAUUACUUAGAUUGGAACACUCCCUUCCCAGCAGUAACAGUUUGCGAGCAAAGUGACAAUGGACGAGUUAAGGCAUAUUUAACUCAGCAUAGGUUGUCAUCGAAUCUAGCUUCAUUCUUCAAGGAUGUCGCUUUCUGGAAUGUUAAAUACUGCAGAACAUGUAACGUCUGUAAGAUCAACGAGACAUGUGUUGAAAAUUUCGAGAACGCCAUCGAAAAGAUUAGGCAUCGGUGCUCUGAACUUCUGACGGAUUGUUGGUGGGGUGGUAGAUACUUUAAAUGUUGUGAUGAGCUGCAUCCAAUUGAAAGUGAGUAUGGGAUUUGUUAUGUAUUCAAUUCUGCUCUGCUUGGCAACUCUAGUAUUCUGACAGUUAACAGACGAGUGGGGCUCAUCGACUUCGUGUUCUCAGCUGUUGAAUUAGUCGGAGUGAGAAUUCACGCACCUGACGACAUUGUAUCAAUCGCUUUGGAGAAUAUAUUAAGCCGCAGCGCUUCUUUGCCCCUUGUAACUGAAUUCGAGGCCAUUUUAAAGGUGGAACAAACAGUGAAUGAUUUAUCUGUUUCAUCUUUAUCAGAGACGAUGCGAGGUUGUCUCUUCAAAGACGACCGUCCACCAUAUCCGGAUUGGCCUUUCAAGCAGUACACAUAUAGCGGAUGCCUGCUGUUUUGCAGAGCUUUGGCACAAUAUAGUUCCUGUAACUGCUCUCAUCAUUUUCUGGCUAAAAUUGUGAAAAUUCCAGCAUGCAAUAUUAAGGGCUUGGCAUGUUUAUAUCAAAGUCGAGAUGAAUUCCUAAAAUAUGAAUGCAAUUGUCCAAUGGCUUGUGAAGACACACAAUAUAAAGCUGUUCACAUAUUUUACAAUCGAGUGAGCGGUAAGUUAUCAUCAGAGCUGAUGAAGCGAGGGUCCAGAGCUCGAGUGCGAUUUGCUUCGUUGCCGACCCUGAGAGUUCGAAGACUUGCUAUUAAGGAUACUCUUGGACUUGUUGUAGACAUUGGAGGGGUUGGCGGGGUGUUUUUCGGGGCCUCCCUUCUGAGUGUCAUCGAGCUGAUCUAUCUCUUUUGUAUCAGACGGAAUAGAAACUAAUAGGUAUUUUAUAAGCAGUUCCUAUAAUUAAAUAUCAAACAAAAAACUCCUAGUGGCUUAAAAUUCACUUUAUAAUGUAUGUUACAGAAUAAAUGAUAAUAAUUAUAUACAAUGCUAGUUCAGACUCGUGUAUGACUAAUGACGACACUGACAUAUACCCUUUGACAGUUGCAUGAGUUAUCGUGAGUCAGUAGAAUUGGGUUCAAAAUCAUUGUGUUGAAAAUACUCGAUUGUGUUACACGUGCACACUGAUUAUGUCAUUCUGCAACAUUACUACUUUAAAAUAUGCUUAAUCAUAAUUAUGCAUUACA